AUGACAAUGAUGAUUAAAGAUAAUGGUUUAGUAACAAGACGAUUGCGUCAUCUAAGAUCAAUUAAGAUCCAGAACAUUGAUAUAAUGCAACAUUCUAUUAAUAAUCAAUAUAGAAUGAGUUUACUGCAACAAAAAUAUGAAUAUUUCCUAACAAUUGAAAAUUUAAAGGACGAGAUCAUUUAUGUAAGUGAGGUUCAACAUACAUGGUUGAAUAGGCUCUAUUUUAACGAAAUUCCAAUUAAUGAAUAUCCAGAUUACGAAUUAACAUUAAAAUUAAUGCUCAAAUUUCCCAAUACACUCUUGGAUGAAAGUGAUAGUUCAUUUAAUGAACCAACAGAUAACCUCAACGCUAAUGCUGCAGAGACUUGGAUAGAAAUUGUGAAUUUAGAUGUAAAUUUAAAUCAUUUAAUUGAACUUGUAAACGAAAAAAAUGUGAUCGAAUCACCAAAUCUUUUCUUAUUUCAAUUCACCAAUGGUACAUAUAUUUUUCCUCAUCAGGGACUGAAAAUGGAGCCAACUUCUAUUUUCAAUGAUAUGGAACACAAUAAAUCAAGGACAACAAAUAAAAGUAGGCUAUCUGCUAAUUUUAACUCACUAUUGAAGGUAAAUAAAAGUAAUGACUUUAUUUCACACAUAUAUGAUGAAAUAAACCUAAUUUCUGAAAAAUUGCAUGACAGAACAUAUAAUAAAAAAUCAGCUCUUAUUGGAAAUAAUAAUUUGAUACAGAAAUAUAUAAAUCAAUUAACUGUAAGCAUUGAUAGAAAACAGAGACAUUUAGAAGCCAUUGGCUUAUCUUUUGAAUCAUUAAUUAAAACUGAGCAUAAUGAGGAGGAUAAAAACUAUGAGUUAAAGUUUCAUGCAGACUCUGGCCAGUACUUUAAUGAAGUUGAGGAAAAUGAUAAUAGUUAUGGGAAUAAAAGUUAUCAGUUAAUAAAAAUUAACAAUAAAUUAGAUUUGAUUCGUGCAAAAAAAUGUGGACAAUUAGUCGAUAUUUUUAAAGAAUAUCAUUUAUUUGAUGUUGAGAAUGGUGGUUACAUUAUACUUAAUAAACCAUCGAAUGGUCCCGAUCAGAACAAUCAUGUUGCACCAUCUGACGAGUUCAAUCUAACUUCAUGGAAGUCGAGGAUCGAGUUAGAUGAUGGAAAAGAAAAGACUCACGGUAUCAUUAAUCAAUUACAGUUUAAAAAGGUUCAAGUAAAUGAUAUAAUGACUUUAAUCGAGGGGAUUAAUAGUAACAAAGCUGAUGAAAACGAAAUUAACACUGUUAAUACACUAUUAGGUCAAUAUAUGUUAUUUACCUUAAUGAUUUCUAAGGUAAUAUAUCAUAUACCAUUACCAAAUGAUAUGGAAUAUUGUGGUAGUACAUGUUUCAUUAACAAAACACUUCCAUUUUUCAUACCAGAGAAAAAAAAAUUGACAAAAACAAGCAUCGCAUCACUCAUAAAGGCAAUUGACCUAUUCAAUAUCAACAUCAAACAACUUCAACUUCAUUUACAAAGAUACUAA